CGGAAAUUGGGAGAGAAACAUUUUUGAAUGUUGACAAUACACAGUUAGUCGAUUUCAGACUUUUUUUAGUUCAUUCAAACAACUGUAUUGUGAUUUUGUCGGCAUAUUUAAAUGAGAGUAUGAUUUCGGACGUACGUCAUUGUACUUGUACGCAUUUAGAACACAUUUUAAACUCGGGUUGUGUGUUUACUUGACUGUCGUUGAAUAUUUUUGUACCUUCUUUAAAUAUAUCCAUGGCUAUUAGUUUGGCAAUAUCUGUCACGUUACGAACGUCUUUGUAAAAUACUCGAAGGAGUGCCAUCGUAAUUGUCGAAUCGAAUUCGCCAAGAUGGUUCGUGGUGAUUCGAAAAAGACGUUCAAGCUUCGCUCAAAAAGUAAAAAGGCGGACGCGGACAGAGGCCACAGAGCGAGUACGAGCAGUACAGACCAGAGAUCGACAGUAAAAGUAUAUCUACCGAAUGGCGAAUUUCGUAGCGUUAAAUGUGGCGAAACAACGGACAUAAAGGGCAUCAUUCACUUGGUGAUUUCAAGCCUCGGUGUUGACGCAGCUGCUUCACAUACGUUCUAUGGCAUGCGUUUCGAGCACCUCGCGUCGCAUACCAGCUAUUGGCUGCGUAGUUGGUUUACAGUCCAAGAAGUACGCGCGAAAUAUGGUAAUAGUCUACCCGUUGACGAGUGCAGAUAUUAUCUUAGAGUCAAAUUUUUUCCCGGAGAUUUGCCGUCAUUUUAUGAAAGAGACAAAGCGAGCUUUUUCUUUCUUUACGAUCAGAUUAAGAAUGACUAUCUUCAAAGUGUCGCUGAAAGAGUUGAUCAAGAUAUUGCAUUUCGUUUGGGAGCACUGGAGAUGAGGAGACAUUUCAAAGAUAUGCCUCCGAACGCUCUUGAGAAAAAGUCGAAUUUUGAAAUUCUGGAGAAGGAGGUUGGACUCACAUUUUUCUUGCCCAGAUCAAUAAUCGAACAUAUGAAACCGAAAGCUCUACGGAAAAUCCUCAACAGUUACUUCAAGCAGUAUUCGGAUUUAAACGAACAGCAAUGCUGCUACCGGUUUCUUGAUCUCCUCGCCACCAUUCAUCGUUAUGAUCUUGAAACGUUUAAAUGUUCAUUAGGGAGUGGCUGGACGAUCACCGUGGAUAUUGUCAUUGGACCGAAGGAUGGCAUUAGUUACAAAGCUGAACAAGGCUCGAUGAUAACUCACAUGGCGCACUUUAAUUUGAUUCGUGGCAUCAAAGUAAGUCGUAUCGCCUCCUCCAUCGUUUCGCUGCCUUCACCUACCGACAGUUUAAAGGCGACCGUGGAUCUUCGGGUGGAGGGAGCGCAAGAACCAUUGGUGUUCACAACGUCUUCAUUUGUUCAAGCCACGGAAAUGGCCGAACUCAUCGAUGGUUAUUGUCAACUUGUAGGAAAUCAAAAAACUUCCUUAUUAAAUCGAAGGCUCGAUGAACGUCAACUGCCGAAUGUCCCUGGAACGAACGGAAGUCAUAGCGAUACUGAUGGUCAAUCCAAGAGACACUCGAUUGCUUCACACACAACACGGCCUAACAGUGAAGAAUAUGAUGAUUACGCUGAAAUUGUGGACAACGAGGAAUUUGAUGAUUAUUCGCAACCAAUUUCAGAAAAAAAUUACGAAAUUUCAAGGAGUAAAGUGACAUUGGGAGCAAUCAUCGGUGAAGGUCAGUUUGGCGAUGUACAUAAAGGAACGAUAAAGGCAAAGGAUGGGAGUAACUUACCUGUCGCUAUUAAAACUUGUAAAGAUGAAGAUGAGGCGGAAAGAUUUUUAGAAGAAGCAUAUGUAAUGAAACAAUUCGAUCAUCCUCAUAUCAUACGUUUGAUUGGGUUAUGUAUGGACCCUCCUAUUUAUAUAAUAAUGGAAUUGGCGCCGCACGGCGAGAUGCGUUCAUAUUUACAGAAGAACAAGGAUAACUUAAACACAUCAAUAUUGUUGACAUAUAUUUAUCAACUUUCGACUGCGCUCUCUUAUCUCGAAAGCAAAAAAUUCGUUCACAGAGAUAUAGCGGCGAGGAAUGUCCUUGUAUGUUCCCAUGACAACGUCAAACUUGCAGACUUUGGUCUCUCGCGUUGGCUGGAAGUUGAAUCAUAUUACAAAGCCUCGAAAGGCAAACUGCCAAUUAAGUGGAUGGCGCCAGAAUCGAUCAACUUCCGUCGAUUUACGACGGCUAGCGACGUGUGGAUGUUCGGUGUAUGUAUGUGGGAAAUCAUGAUGUACGGUGUAAAACCGUUUCAAAAAGUUAAAAAUAAUGACGUCAUCGGUCGUAUUGAGAACGGCGAGAGAUUGUCGUUUCCAAAGAACUGUCCGCCUGCUUUGUAUCAUGUUAUGAUUGACUGCUGGUCAUAUGAGCCUUCGAAACGACCCAAUGGCGAUGAAUUAAAGGGAAAAUUAAAGUUCAUAGUGCAAGAGGAAAAAGUUGUGGGAGUCGAAACUCAUCGCGAAUCCUCGACAUCAUCGCUUAACUCAAGUGUAUCCAGUAUGUUGAACAUCCCUUCAAGACCCGGUGUAAGUCAACGUGCCUUGAAUCCAGGCCUCCGUCGAUCACUUUCGGAUUGCCAGUCGUUACCGAAACAAUACCGACACAGUCUCUCGAACGGUAACCAUGAUGGCGAUCAUUUUUCGCUAGAUAAUGCUCCUGAUGAUGUUUUACGUCGGAGUCCUCGAUCACCUCAUUCACCCAAUAAUCAUCUAUCCUUUUACCUGGCACAGCGUAGCAACACAUUCAGUGGAACACCUCGACGGCUUAGUUUACAGAAUGUAAAGAGAGAAAUGUCGGCCGAGGAAAUGGAGAAAUUCAAAAAGAAAAUGAAAGAAAAACAACGCAUACAAGAACAAAUUAUCCGCGAGAAACUAGAAACGCAAAAAAGACAGUCGGAAGAAGAUUCAAGAUGGUUGCAAGAGGAAGAAAACAAAUCUGAGUUUCCAGAAGAUUUGUCAUCGAAAUCCAUAGGAAGUCCGGAGAACGAAGAACUUCCCGUAAUGGAGUCAUACGAUCCUGAAGGAUCUGGAAUUCUUGUCCAAUCAGGGAAAACUAGUCACGAAAUUCACUUGUCACCCCAGUUAAGCCCACAAGCGGCAACAAUCGAGGAUGGAAGUACUUUUGAGUUUCUCGAGACUCCUGCUCCUGCUGUUUCCCAUGAAAAGUCGACUGAUGAUCGUGAUAGAAGCGGGGACACUGUAUUUACUUGCACUACGGAAGUUGUUAGAACUAUCAUUCAGUUGAAUCGUGAAUCAAAUUUUGCCGACCCAAUGACGCUAGUCCAAUUAAUAAAGGAGGUUGGUAAUGCCUUGAGGAUGUUACUGUCUGAGGUUGACAACGAAGUCACGAAGCUACCUCCAUCAUCACAUAAAGAGGUUGAAAUGGCGCAUAAAGUUUUGUCUUCCGACAUGGCCAAUCUCAUUUCAGCUCUGAAAACAUCACAGAAAUACGAUGGUACAACACUCGAAGAUACGUAUAGGAAAGAAAUGUUAUCUGCUGCGCAUGUGCUAGCAAUGGAUGCAAAACAUCUGUUUGAUGUUGUGGACGGGGCGCGAAUCCCAGUCUCUUAGCGGGCUUAGACCACAAACAGCAUUUCCUCCAAUGUUUAUAAGGCUCUCCCCCACCCCUGUUCCUCCCCAUUUACAGUAAUCCAAGAGGUAGUUUUAGAUUUAUUUAUCGUAUGCUGGAUUACACGUCUUGAAUUAUGGAUUUAGUACAUACUUUCUUCACGCUUAGGACGGCUAAAGUGCUUUAACGACUCAAAGUGUUUCUGUCAAGAAAUUCUUUUUCGCAUAACAUCUCAUGUAUGAACAAAAUUAGAACUUCGUUACUGAUUUUCGUUUGAUGUACGUUAUAAAGUCUGCUCGCCACGAGAACUAUCUGCUGAUCAUGUGCGCAUGUGCAAAUGUGGCGCAUGUGUAAUUCUUGAAAAUUUUACUAUUGUUGGAAGAGAUUUCUAGGCAGCAAUGGUAUAGUGUAAAUUUCAAUUGAAAGUAAUUUAGGUAUAUAAAAAUUAUUAUGUAAAUUAGAUUGUACACGAGCGUGUGUUUGCCUUCUUGAUUGUUUUGUCUUAUUAGUUGAUAAAAGCGAUGUUUUUUUAUCCUAGUUGAAAAAAUUUAUUGGAGAAAA